AUCCGUCCGUAUUCGAUCAAGGCCAAAGGCUUCCGGAACCAACCGAGAACCAGACUUUGACGCAUCUCUUGAACUAGCCGGGAACGCACAAUCUAGCACCUAUACUAGGCCCCGACCGCUGCACUGUCCUACGCACCACAUCGCCCCGCGCAUCUACCCCCCGCGAGGCCACACAACCCAGAAUCCCACCUUGCCCCGCCUGGGAACGGCACCCACCGACGACACCAUGUCGCUCUCAAACUGCCGGUUCUACGAGGAGAAAUACCCGGAGGUGGACUCCUUCGUGAUGGUGAACGUAAAACAGAUCGCCGACAUGGGCGCUUACGUCAAGCUCCUCGAGUACGACAAUAUCGAUGGCAUGAUUUUGCUUUCCGAACUUUCCAGGCGUCGUAUCAGAAGCAUUCAGAAGUUGAUUCGGGUUGGCCGUAACGAGGUUGUCGUCGUUCUGCGCGUCGACAAAGAGAAAGGUCGGCCACCCUUAGUGCGCACGGAUGCCAUGUGCGGUGGCGCUAACGUCGUUGUAGGAUACAUCGACCUUUCCAAGCGCCGUGUGUCGCCCGAAGAUAUUGUCCGCUGUGAGGAGCGGUACAACAAGAGCAAAAUUGUGCACUCGAUCAUGAGGCACGUCGCCGAGAAGACCCAGACCCCGAUCGAGAGGCUCUAUGAGACAAUAGGGUGGCCGCUAAACAAGAAAUACGGCCACUCCAUGGAUGCUUUUAAGCUCUCAAUAACCAACCCUGAUAUUUGGGACGGCAUCGAAUUCCCGAGCGAGGCUGUUGCCGAGGAGCUCAAGUCCUACAUUGGCAAGAAGCUGACGCCUCAGCCGACCAAGGUCCGGGCCGACAUCGAGGUUACCUGCUUCACCUACGAGGGCAUCGACGCCAUCAAGGCUGCCUUGCGCACCGCCGAGGCGCGCAACACUCCCGAGAGCCGGGUCAAGUGCAGACUGGUGUCUCACCCUCUCUUUGUGCUCACCAAUACCUGCCUCGACAAGAACGCGGGCAUUGCGCGGCUAGAGGAGGCCAUUGUCGACGUACGGGCCAGCAUCGAGGCGGCUGGCGGCAAUCUGGUGGUCAAGAUGGCGCCCAAGGCCGUUACUGAGUCGGAUGAUGCCGAGCUCCAGGCCCUCAUGGAGAAGCGUGAACGCGAGAACGCCGAGGUCAGCGGUGACGAGAGCGUGAGCGAGAGCGACGAAGGCAUUCCCGGGCCUGUCUAAGCGAAGCACCGUCUCGCAGUCGUUGGGACGGGCAAUGGUGAUUCAGGCAUUUGUUUCAUGGACUACCGAAUACCCCGCGAUGGACGGGACAGCGAGUAGGUCAUCAGGACCGUUGGUACUGGGAGGCGUCUCGGGAACCUAAAAGGGCAGACACGGUAGACGGACACAGGUAGCUAUCUUGGGGCCGUAGCGGAAAACAAAAGGGAAUGAAUCAUGCUUGACAGGGACAUGAUCGUGUGUGAGAGGCUGGGAGCCGUAUGCGUGGUGAUAUGCAACAAUCGAGGCAGGCUGCUUAUCGUCAUAUUCCCCAUCCCGCUUUAGAAAGACACGGAAACCUUGAAUCACACAGCAGGAUAGAAAGCAAAAAUGGAAGGGAAAAUUAAAUAUAAGGAU